AGUAGUGUACCACUAGAACAAAAAGGUCCUUCAGUUUUAUGGCUGUCAAACUCUCUUCUAGAAUCCUCGUCAGCAGCUUUACCCAUAAACAGCUCGUCCAGACAGCACUACAAGAACAGAAUCGUAGAACAUUGGCAGGCAUUCAAUCCAACACAGGUUCGAUUGUCGUUGUACAAGGACAAGAAAGAGGUUGUUCUUUUGGUAUUCAACGCCACAGGAUCUACCAAGACCAACUGGUUUUCUCGUGAUCGUCUUCUAACAAGUCCAUGGACUGACAUACAUUCCCAGCCUGUCAACGUCUUCUCCAUAACUGGUGCAAUCAGAGAGAAUAUUUUGAGGCGAACCUUUUACAUAAACAGUGAAUAUGGUGGGUGCUCAAGUGACUCAGGAUGGAUGGUUCUUCAGGAGAAGGUCCCAGGACAAUGCACCUGGGAAAACCAUUUUCAGUACUUCUCGGUAUUAUAUACCAAAACCAACCGCCGCGUACCGUGGUCAAAAGGUGCAUGGUCCGUGGCUGACAUGAUGGCCAUAUACAUACGAUGAUCACGUGAUAUGAUGACUAUAUACGUACGAUGAUCACGUGAUAUGACU